AUGACUUCUGAAACCGAUAUUUCAAUAAUUCGAAGUUGUCUUCUAUUUUUCGCAAUUUUCGGGAUUUUCGGCAAUUUGAAUAUCGUAAUUGCAACUCGACGCAAUAAAAAUCUUCAACACAAAUGCGGAAUUCUUUUGGCGAUUUUGGCGAUUUGUGAUACGAUUUGUUUAUUGAACGAAUUUCAGAGCUUUUUGAGAAUGACUUUCGAUUUGGGACAAACUACACUGAAGUUGGUUUUUUUUUUCCAAAAAAAAAAAAGAAAAAAAAAAUAAAAGAAAAAAAGCUUCGCAGGCGGGAGGAGUCGAACCCGCGUAUAAAAUUUUACAACGCGCGCGCGCUAACCACUCGGCCACGCAGCUGUUUUUUACUUCAGAGAAUUUUUCGUUGAUAAGAAAGCCAAAUUUUCCAGCAAAUGUUUCUACUUCAAUCUAACCUAUAUUUUAAUCGAACCUCUCGAAGUCUACAUGAUUUUCAUUCUUGCAAUCGAUCGAUUAAUCGCAAUCAAUUACAGUAUUUUUUAUCGGAAAAUUCCAAAAUCCAAAUAUAUUUUAUCAAUGUUAAUACCUGGUUUGAUUAUAGCUGCAAUAUUUUUGAUUUCGAGUUUUUUGAAUUUACCAAAUUCAAAUUCAAAUUCAAAUUCAACAAUAAUAAUGGUUGAUUCAUGUAUUCUACCGUAUUCCAUGCCAGAAAAUGUGUCAUAUUGGUGGAAUCAAUAUAAUCUAUGGGGCGCAGUUGCAACUCUUUUUAUUUAUUUUUAUACUUAUGUUACUGUAUAUUGUUGUAGUAAGUUUACUGUAAUCAGGGAGAAAAUUACUGGGGGUACUGUAGCUUUAGGGAUUACUGUAGCCUAAUUUUAUCCCAAACUGACAAAGGGUUACUGUAGACCAAACUACAACGUUUCAAAAUCAGAGGGUUUUCCGAACUGCAAGGAUUACUGUAGCCUAAUUGUAUCCCAAACUGACAAAGGGUUACUGUAGCUUCAUACUACAAUUUCUUUUGUAGUCUCAAAAUCAGAACUGCAAAGAUUACUGUAGUCAAGAAUUUUCAAGAAUCGAUGUUUCAAACCAGACUGCAAGGUAUACUGUAGCCUGAGAAUAGAAUGUUGCUAGAACUACGGUAUAUACCGUAAUAGAACUGCAAAAGGUACCAGAAAAUCAGAAAUUUUGUGAAUUUUCAGCCUUCAAACAAAAAAACAAGAAAAACUUGCAAAUUCAAAAAAAGAUCCUAAAUACAGUAAUCGUGGGCGCCGCGAUUUUCUCAAUUUCCUCAGUUUUAUCCGCAAUUCUUAUUGUCAUUUUCACAAAUAUGAAAAAUGCACCAAUUGAUCCGGAUACUGUAUCAACUUAUGCUGUUAUUCCAGGUAAUUUUUUUAAAUUUUUUAUUAUUUUUGAAAUAUCCUAAAUAAUUUCUUAUAGGUCUAAUCUCAUAUUCUUGCAAUUUUUAUGUGUAUUUUUGGCGGAGUUCUGAUUAUUAUAAUGCAUUUGUAAAACAACUUUUUUGUGGAAGAAAUUUGGGAAAUCAAGAAAAUUUAGCACCGCCUUCUAAAAAAUCGAGUUCAGUUUCAGUUAUGGUUAAAAAAGCGCAAGAAACUUGA